AUGUUUUCCUUCCAUGUCCUGAAAAUCGACGCCAAACGACCACCUCAUGUAUCCAUCGCCUGGCACGAAUCAACAUAUUCACCCCCACGUAUAGCCUACGAGCGACUCAAAUCGGGAUACUAUACAUCGGAUCGUGGCAAUUCCUUCUACCACCCAAGCGCUGCGCUGUCAGCUUCUGAUGGAGCCACCGAUGACACUGAACCAAAUCUACCAACAGUUAUAACGGUCGAUGUCGCAUAUUCAUGCUGGCCGCGGAUGAAAUGGUCCCAAAGCGACCGGAGAUGGAUGCCCGACGUCCCAGAUUCAACGUCCAGUGUCGAUGGCAGCGAGAGCAUAACAGAUAGCGGAAAAUCCCACAUCAUUGUCCCUGAUGGCGGUUUGAGGGCCUGGCUUGUCGUUGUGGGUGGCUUCAUCGUCUACUUUUUUGUAUUCGGGCUUUUAAACGCUUUUGGGAGUUUUCAAGACAUCUACACAGACGGUUCUGGGUUCUCUACCAAGUUCCCGCACUUCUUGGUCACUCAAGGCAUCUUUUUUGGCACGGGAACUGCGUUGCUAUAUUACCCGGCCACCGGUGCCAUCACGGAGUGGUUCAACGAAAAGAGGCCUUUGGCUUUAGGUUUAGCCGCAUCGGGGUCCGCUGUUGGGGGGGCUCUUUGGUCGACAUAUAUACCUAAACUGAGUAACAAGCUACCACAUGGUGCUAUCUUUCUGGUGAUUGGAGGCCUCGCGGCUCCUCUGCUCUUUCUUGGUUGCUUGCUCAUUCGAGAAAGAAAAGGAGCUGCCGGUCAUGAUGUGUCUGGCGAUGAAGUUCGACCAUCUCAACGGAGUAUUCGAGCAGCCGUUCUCGAGUGGCGGUUUCUCGCACUGACCUGGUCUUUGGUCAUUCUGAAUACCGGUAUUCUAAUUCCGUUCAACUUCCUCGUAGUCUACGCCAGGGAAAAAGAGGUCUCAGAAGACGUGGCGUAUAACCUGGUUGCAUACACAUACUUGGGCUCCAUUAUUGGAAGAAUUGGUUCAGGCCUGCUUGCCGACUUCUUUGGCUGCUUCAAUGUCCUGUUUUGGGAGAGUAUCAUCGUUGGGGUGAUGACACUGUGGUGGAUACAGGUGCAUACUGCGGCAGAACUGACUGCAUUCGCUGUUUUAUUUGGUAUCUUCUCAGGUGGUCUUGUACCAAUGGGCUCUGCUUGUGUGGCACAAACGACUCCGGACAUGGGACAUAUCGGUCUUCGGAUUGGUGUAAUGAUGGCUUGCUGCGCAGUCGGCGCCCUUGGUGGCGCCCCUUUAAGUGUUGCCCUUCUAAACUUAGCUGGUUAG